GCGUCUGGGGAGGGCCGGCGUCCCCCACCCCCACCGCCGCCCCCAAGGCCUCGCCGCUGCGCGCGCACGCGCGCCGCCACCCGUCCCAGCGCGCCCGGGGCCAUCGUCUCCCGCGAGGCGGCCGGGGACCCCCCCGGACUCCCGACAUGAGCUCCCCCGACGAGGGGUCUGUCUGGGGCGCGGGUUUCGGCCCGGAGGGCGGGGCGCGGGCCGGCGUCCGCCCCGCCGAGCCCGGAGCCCUGCGGGCAGUCGGUCUAGGCCCUGCUCUGGGGGCGCCGCGGAGCGGCGAGGGCGAGGGCGAGGGCGGCUUCCCCCAGCCCGGGGGCCGCCCCAGCUGCCCGGCCGACGGCAGGGACGCGGCGGCGGACCGCGCGUCCUGCCCGGCGCCGCGGGCCGCGGCGAACGUCGUGCAGCAGCUGACCCGGCGGGGCGUCUGCAGAUACCGGUCCCCGGAGAGCUGCGCCGCCCGAGGCUCCACCGUGUGGGCGGGCCUCGAGCCAGGUGCCGGCGGCCCCGGCGCGCCUGCCCUUAGCUGGGUGGCGUCGCAGCCGGCUUCCGCCGCCCUGCUCCCGCUCCCUGGGCCCGAGGGCGGCCCGGCCUGGGGCAGCCCUAAAAGAGGCGGGAGGAGCAGGCUGGGCAGCCCUGCGAGUCGCGGGCGGCCCUCGGCGGGAGGCCCGUUCCGGCUGCCUUCCGACCCCGAGCCAUCAGACGAGGCCAGCGAGCUACAGCGGACGAGGAGAGCCUCGGCAGCUCCCCUGGACCCGGCCACGUUCCCGCCAGUCUCUGACGUCCCGCUGCUUGUGAGGUGCAGGAGGGCCAAGCAGUCCAAGCAGCCCGGCACUGGGAAGAAAUCUGUGGCCGGGAGGACAAUGGAGUCUCAGCCGGUGGAGGUGGCGGGAGAAGAUAUUGACCCAAACAGCGACCCAGCCCCGCGGGGCCAACCUCCAGGACACAGACCAGGGCCAUGUAGUCGGUGCGUGCGUCGUCCAGAAGGCAGCAGUGGCCACCUCAACACCAGAGCCGCUCCCCAAGUUGCGGGAAACCCACAGUGCUUGGCCCGGAGCCAGGGAAAUACGGUGCCCAGGGGGCCUGCACCCUCCGGUGACCAGGAACCACUUGACCGACCUCCAGGACGGCAAAGGCAGCAGCAACCACGUGGAGCACGGGGCUGUCCUCGGUGUCACGUGCUACAGAGAGAAAUAGGCGACCUGAAAGAGCACCUUGCGGCCGUCCUGUCCCUGGCUGACAAGUUCCAGAGCCUUUGAAGCUCCUCCCCGGCCCCGCUCUGUUUCCAGGUUGAGCCCAGCACCUUCCCGCAGGAGAAGCAGCUGGUGCCUUUGGAGCCCGGGACCUGUGGCCAAGCUGGUUCCCUCCUGUUCUCCCUCAGCCUGGGCUUCCUCUCCCCUUCUCUUGCCCCCUCCCCACCCCAGUUCACAGCAGUUUCACAUUAAAGAACCUCUCAUAUUC